AUGCAACCACUCAUCCUCUACACCGCUGGCACGCCCAACGGCCAGAAAGUCUCCAACUUUACCGAAGAGCUCAAAGCCGUCUACCCCGACUUCAAGGUCGACUACCAAUCCAUUUCGUUCGGCAAGAACGAACAGAAGGAACCGUGGUUUCUCGCCAUCAACCCCAACGGACGUAUCCCUGCACUCAAAGAUCCCAACCGCAACGAUUUCUGCGUCUUUGAGACCGCUUCGAUCAUCCUCUACCUCGAGAAGCACUACGAUCCCAAACACAUCUUCUCCUGGUCGGAUGAAGGGGAUGGUGUGGACAAACGAACCGAGAUUCUCAACUGGAUCUUCUUCGUACACGGUGGAGUGGGACCGAUGAUGGGUCAGUCGAACCAUUUCGUUCGCUACGCACCGGAAGACAUCCCCUACGGUAAAAACCGCUACAUGACGGAAACCAAACGUCUCUUCCAAGUCCUCGACAUUCGACUGAAGGACCACGACUGGCUGGUCGGUGACAAGUACUCGAUCGCGGAUAUCAACGCCUACCCCUGGUUGCAGUACUACAAAUGGGCCGGUCUCCACGACGAAGAUGUUCCCCAAAGUGUCAGGGACUAUAUCGAUAGGAACUGGAACAGACCCGCGGUCAGGGAGGGCAUGAAGGUUCCUAACGGCACGACUGAUUGGGUGGAGAAGAUGAGGAGCAAAGACUUCUUUGAAAAGUACGAGCAGGAGGCGGCGGAGAAGGCGGCGACGGCCAGCAAGUGGAUCCAGGAUGGAAUGAAGAAGGAUCGUGAGAGCAAGGCCUGA